AUGGUGGAGCUUCUGUACAUACGAGUCACACGAGUAGUGCUGGAACUUGUGCAUGCCACGGUGAAGUCUCAAAAGGUUGCUCCCGGCAAGAUCCGCUUCUCCUACAUUAAGAUGGUGGAGCUUCUGUACAUACGCGUCACACGAGUAGUGCUGGAACUUGUGCAUGCCAUGGUGAAGUCUCAAAAGGUUGCUCCUGGCAAGAUCCGCUUCUCCUACAUUAAGAUGGUGGAGCUUCUGUACAUACGAGUCACACGAGUAGUGCUGGAACUUGUGCAUGCCAUGGUGAAGUCUCAAAAGGUUGCUCCCGGCAAGAUCCGCUUCUCCUACAUUAAGAUAGUGGAGCUUCUGUACAUACGAGUCACACGAGUAGUGCUGGAACUUGUGCAUGCCAUGGCGAAGUCUCAAAAGGUUGCUCCCGGCAAGAUCCGCUUCUCCUACAUUAAGAUAGUGGAGCUUCUGUACAUACGAGUCACACGAGUAGUGCUGGAACUUGUGCAUGCCAUGGCGAAGUCUCAAAAGGUUGCUCCCGGUGAGGCUCGAACUCACGACCUUCAGAUUAUGAGACUGACGCGCUGCCUAAUGCGCUACGGAAGCACAGACCCAUAA